AGCUGCUCACCCUCAGCAAACAUGGACUUCUCCAUCCGAGCCGCGAACGUGGAGGACUGCAAGGACAUCGCACGGAUGAUAAGGGAACUGGCAGAAUACGAGAAAGUGUCUGACCACAUUAAAAUCACUCAGAGAGACCUGGAGCAGGACGGCUUCUCCAAGAACCCGUUCUUUCAUGGGAUCGUUGCUGAGGUGUCAGAACAGCACAGAACCAAAGAYGGCCACACAAAGAUAGGCUAUGCACUUUAUUUCUUUGCCUACAGCUCAUGGACAGGACGAGCUGUUUUUAUGGAGGAUUUGUACGUAAUGCCGGAGUUCAGAGGGAAUGGCAUCGGUAAAGCACUGAUGAGCAAAGUGGCACAGUUGGGUCUAGCUGCCGGCUGCAACCAGCUGAAUUUUACGGUUCUGGACUGGAACAAGUCAUCUGUGGACUUCUACCUCAGCCAGGGCUGCUUCAAUGUCACAACUAAAAUGGGUUAUCACUGCAUGCGCUGUGAGGGAAAGGCCCUGGAGGACCUGGCCCAACCUUAAUCCGGCUCUGGACUCCUGAUGUUUAGAACUACGAGGUCAAUCCAAACAAAGCAAUAGAAUCACUUCAGGGCUCAUUUCCAAAACAGAACCACAAGAAAAACUAAACCAGGUUUAAAAUCAUCAAUUAUUUACUAAGGUUUACAUACAUUGUCAUUUGUGCUAAAGCUACGCUAAAAUGUGCAUCAGAUUCAUCCCUCAGAAUUAUUGUAAUCAGUUUCAAAUCAUUUUUUUUUGUGUGUGUGUGAAAUAUUAAGGUAUGUCUUUUUUAUUCUAAAAGCUAUUUUUUGGAGGGUGUGAAAAGUAAUUUUUGUUGUUAAAAACUCACUAUAUUUGUUCMAUUCUUGCCAACAAUUCCUUUUUGUUUAUCAUAAAAUACUUUUAUAUUUAAAUGAGAACUUUAAGUUUAUCUGCCAGUAUUUUACACUUGUUGUAAAAAAUGCCUUUUGGUUAUUUUUGUUGCUUUUCUGAAAAACUAAUUCUUGUCGGUGUUCAGUAAAUCCUGUGGAUUUUUAUUUUAUUGUUUAACAACUUUUGAAUAAAAACUAUAUGUUCACAUUGGUCCACACAAAAGACAACGUCACUGAUCAAAUAUCUUGUAUGAAAGUCAUCCUGGUCUUAUCAAAAACAGGUAUACCUCAGUGUCAUUAAGUAUUAUAAAGUAUAUUUCCCCAAAUGUACUUAUAUUUACCAAGUACACUUUUAGUAUAUUUUAGUAUAAGCCAACAUAAACUUUAAGUAUAUUUCUGAUGAGUACAUAAAAGGUUAACUAAGAGUAUACUCUUGUAUUUUUAGUUUAAAAUUAGUAUACUUAAAGGACACGUACGGUACAUAUACUACUUUAAAUGUUAUUACAUCCUUAAACUAAAGUUUGGUUUAUUUUGCUUUUUGAAAGGAUUUGGAUUUAUCUCCCUAAACUCCAGUAGUAAUCCUAAAGUUUCAACUGUCAGUCAUGUCUUGAACACCUAAGAUAAAGUAAAUAGUUUUCAACAAAAUCUAAAAUACUGGAAACUAAGUCCAUGUGUAAAGCACAAUAUUUGGCAUUUUUGUCUGUUUGAAUAAAGCAAAUCCUGGAUAAA